AUGGAUGAGUCAAACGUGUUGAAAGGUCAUAAAACUUUCAGACGUCUAAACCCAAAUGAAUGUGUGCACCUUUAUGAGAUUGAUGAGUCAAACGUUCCUCCGAGGCAAAUGAUUACCAACUUAAGGAAGAGGAACAUAAACACUUCAACUACAAUCAAGCAUGUUUAUAAUUCUUGUUACAGAUAUAGGAAAUCCAUUAGGGGUUCGAGAAAUAACAUGCAACAUCUCUUGAAGUUGUUGGUUGAGAAUGAGUAUGUGUACCAUUGUAGGAAUUAUCAUGAUUCCGAUGAUGUCGGUGACAUAUUUUGGGUGCGUCCAGAUGGUAUCAAGUUGUUUAACACGUUCUUUACGGUGCUUGUGUUGGAUUCCACAUAUAAGACCAACAAGUACCGUCUUCUGUUUCUUGAGUUUGUCGGUAACACUUCUACCUAG